UUUAAGUGAACUCCCCGAACUGAAAUUAAUUAUCAACCGUUUAAUUACUGAAGUAAACGAUCUUAAAACUCAAAAAACACUGUUUAUACAUCAGAAAAUUCUGAAGAGUUCAUAAUCAACGAAAUAAGUGAGCAUAACAUGAGAGCGUCAAAUUUAAUUCUAUACAAUGUUCCAGAGUCCAAGUCAGAUAACAAAACUGAUAAAAUUGUGCAAGACUCUAAUUUGAGAGGACUUAUAAUGUUACCUGAUUUCCAAUAUGUCCUAGCACAUCCUGAUAUAUUGACUGAAUUAACUGCUAUCCGAGGAUUAUUAAGGAGACGUUAUCCAACUCUUCAAAAUGGUGCAUUAACACUUAAUUUGAUAUCCAUGAUUAAACUUUACAUGAAAGGUGUCAGAUAUAAUAUGACAGUUGAUCCAUAUGAUGAAUCAUUAGGAGUUGUAGAAAUGAAAAUUGGCCAAAUUUCAGAUGAGACUGAUCAUUUAGUAGAAAACUUAAAAACAUUGUUUAGAGACGUAAUAACAAGAGCUCCUAAGAAAAAUGAAUCAUCUCCCUUCAUAACAAGGUGUUUAGCACAAACACCGUCUUCAAGAGAGAAAUUUAACAUAGACUUAUCCCCAUACUCAAAUUCUCACGAAGAAGAGGAUUCUGAAUCUGAUUCAGAUGAAGAAGAAGAAAUAAAAAAAACACAAAGAGCUUAAAAUAUAAAAUUGUUAAAACUUUAGAAUUUUGUUAAGUGUGAAAAAUAUUUAAUAAAAAAAUAUCUAGAUAUAGUUAUCAUUUUUA